GAUUUGCAGCAGAUUCAUCCAUGAUGGCGGAGGACAGCGAGUCCGCGGCCAGCCAGCAGAGCCUGGAGCUGGACGACCAGGACACCUGCGGCAUCGACGGAGACAACGAGGAGGAAAAUGAGCACAUGCAGGGGAGUCCUGGUGGUGAUCUUGGUGCAAAGAAGAAAAAGAAGAAGCAAAAGAGAAAGAAGGAGAAGCCAAGCUCAGGAGGAACCAAGUCUGACUCUGCCUCUGAUUCUCAGGAGAUAAAGAACCCUGCCAUUCCCAUGCAGAAACUGCAGGACAUUCAGAGAGCUAUGGAGCUCCUGUCCACCUGUCAAGGUCCAGCCAAAAACAUAGACGAGGCCACAAAGCACAAGUACCAGUUCUGGGACACUCAACCUGUGCCCAAACUCAAUGAGGUGGUGACAACACAUGGACCAAUUGAGCCUGAUAAAGAAAAUAUCAGACAAGAGCCAUAUUCCCUCCCACAGGGCUUUAUGUGGGACACGCUGGACCUUAGCAAUGCUGAAGUGCUGAAGGAAUUGUACACUUUGCUGAAUGAAAAUUAUGUUGAGGACGAUGACAACAUGUUUAGAUUUGACUAUUCUCCUAAUUUUCUAAAAUGGGCGUUGCGUCCACCAGGUUGGCUACCCCAUUGGCACUGUGGUGUCAGGGUCUCCUCUAAUAAGAAGCUGGUGGGAUUCAUCAGUGCCAUUCCUGCUGACAUCCAUAUCUAUGACACGUUGAAGAGGAUGGUAGAGAUUAACUUCUUGUGUGUGCAUAAAAAAUUGCGCUCAAAGCGUGUUGCUCCUGUGCUAAUCCGAGAGAUCACGCGGCGGGUCAAUUUAGAGGGAAUUUUCCAGGCUGUGUAUACUGCUGGUGUGGUGCUGCCCAAACCCGUAUCCACAUGCAGAUAUUGGCAUCGCUCUCUAAACCCCAGGAAGCUUGUGGAGGUGAAGUUUUCCCACCUCAGCAGAAACAUGACACUACAGCGGACAAUGAAGCUCUACAGAUUACCUGAUAGCACUCGUACCCCUGGUUUGCGGACGAUGGGAGAUGGGGAUGUGAAGCAGGUGACAGCACUGCUGCAGAAACACCUGAGCCAGUUCCACUUGCGGCCUGUGAUGGGGGAAGAAGAGGUGAAGCACUGGUUCCUCCCUCAGGAGAACAUCAUUGACACUUUUGUAGUGGAGGGUUCUGGCGGGAUGCUAACGGACUUCAUCAGUUUCUACACCUUGCCAUCCACAGUGAUGCAUCAUCCACUGCACAAAAGCCUGAAGGCCGCUUAUUCCUUUUACAAUGUCCAUACAGUGACGCCGCUCAUAGACCUGAUGAAUGAUGCUCUCAUCUUAGCCAAACUGAAAGGUUUUGAUGUUUUUAAUGCGCUGGAUCUAAUGGACAAUAAGAAUUUCUUGGAAAAGCUCAAGUUUGGAAUUGGCGAUGGUAACCUGCAGUAUUACCUGUACAACUGGAAAUGCCCUCCUAUGGACCCAGAAAAAGUUGGCCUUGUUUUACAGUAACUGGCUGCUGCUUGUUGGAUGCCGACUGAUUUCAGAGGUCCACCUUAAAUUCUCAGACUUGGACGUAAUCGAUAUAAAGAGGAAAAACUGACAUCCAUUCAAAGUGAAUGAGUUCUGUUGUGCAGCUCUCUUAGGUCUUGUUCCAGUUCCUGAGGGAUUUCCCUCCUUUCUCUUUGUCUUUGACUCUCUUUCUGAGAAUGUGAGAAAAAUUUAUCAAGGUCAAACACAUCCACAAGCUCUACACACACACAUACACACACACAUGCAUACACAACCGUAGUGUUUAUUUUCCUCCCUCUGUAUCCUCUCACAGACCAUGUUUAUUCCUAUGGUUUUUGUCUUUUUGUUCAUUUGUUUUGUACUAUGAAAGAGUGUUGAUACAUUUGUGUGAAUUAGCAAGCUGUACAUUUAAUGCCAGAUAUUUAUUACGUGUUGUGAGGUUUACAACAGAACAGGAACAUGGGUCGAAAUCCAAAGUCUUUUGUAUGGAGCUGCCUUUGAAUUCAUACAGCGUUCUGAGUUUCUGUCUGCUUGCGGGGAGAGUAAAUGGUUACACGUGUGGAGGAAUGUAUUGCGUUUUGAAGCACAACAUCAACUUGUUUAUAAAAGGGCCAGACUGCUCUGAGGUGCAUUUGUAAGAAUAUGAAGUUUUAUUUUAGGGUUUGUGUAUUCAAAAGAAACAUUUUCAAUUCUGAAUGUGAAUUCAUUUCCAUUUCUUUUUUCAUGAAGGAAUGAUUGUUAGCUUCUCUUUCCCCACUCGUUUCUGUUCUUUACCAUUUAGUGUUUUAAAAUAAUCAUUUUAGCAAAACAAUUCUGAUAUUUAGAAUUGUGCUUAAGUUACUUGUUGCAUUUUAUUCUCGACUUUCUUUAUUCUCUCAGUAUUCUUUGCGGUGAAACCAUAACCUCAUUUGACUGGUGCAUUUUUCUCGAUCAGGUCCUGAUCAUUUUGCUAUUUGUAAGCACAAGGAGAGCUGAACAAUCAUAUGUGCGUUUUCAUUUUGAUAUAAGCGUCUCUCCCAAUGCUUUUGGUGAUGCGGUCAGGAAAGCUUGCUCGCUGUUCAGUUACAAUCACUGGUGAGGCUUUAUGAACGUUAACGUGAAUCUUAUUCUUUAGCAGAAGCUGGUUUUGUGUUUUCAUGGUUUGCUUUAAUGUAUCUGAAUCUACAAUUUGCUUUUAAAUAAGCGCACGUCCAGUCAUGCUUUAAAAGAAAGGCACUCCUCUCAAAGUCGCACAUUUCAGUCAGUGGUUUCGUUCAAUAACAUCAAGGGCACUUUUUUGCGAAUGUCAGUUUGCAUAUGUUUUUUCUAAGGCUUGCUGAAUGAAAUGAGCAUGAAUCCUUCUUUUCCUCCUCAAGCUGUAUGGUUUUUGAAUUUAUGGGUUAUGGUGAGAACACCUGAAGUACUUGCCUUAUUUCAGAGAGGUUGUUUUUUUUAAACAUUGAACUUGUGUAGUUUUAAAUGAUCAGCUUUCUCUUUCUGAAGACAGUAUUUUUAUUGAACUCCAUUGCAGGAUGGAACUGAUGGGAACAAGUACCAGCACCAUGUCAAACAUGACAGUCCACCCGAAUAUCUAAUUGUCAAAAAUAAUAUACAUCAAGGUAUACCAGCAUGGAUAUUUGACUGAAUAAAAGCAUCCA